GGCCUAGCAGGCUAGCAGCUAGUGCGUGGCGGCGACGGCGGCGACGGCCGGGGGAGACUGAGCGGCCGAGGAGCCGGCGCGGCAUCUGUGCAUCCGCUCAUCGCGCAUCGCGGCGGCCCGAGGCCGCGAGCAGCACAGCAGGGCGCGCCCGGCGACGGCGCGGCACCGGGCGACGCGCGAGCGCGCGGCCGGUCUCAGCGCCACGACGCAUCAAAGCCGGCGCUAGGCAGGGGGCUAUCGCGUCCCACUGCUGCGCAGCUGUCCCUGCGCUGGGCCCUGGAGGAUUGGUGACGGCACUCACCAAUUUGUGUUUUGCAGAAUUGGGAGAAUUCAAAACUUCACAACAGGCCAGGAAGCUUCAAAGGUUGGCAAUGGAGAUGAGGGCCCGGGAAUCUGUAAGCUCGUCGAAGGACCUAACUGGGGAAAUCGCACCUUAUGCCACCGCCCUACAUGAUGUGUUCCUCCAGUCCCAUUGCUCAUCGUGCUUCACCAAAUUACUGCCACAAGCCCCCUGUGUAGUUUCUUGCACGAUUUGCUGUUCUCUUCGAUACUGCUGUUCAGAGUGCUUUGGUGCAGAUUCAGCAGUGCAUUUUUCUUCUGGUGAAUGUUGCUUCUUUGUGGACCACCUCAAGAGAGCCUCCCCAUCCUAUGUUACUGAAGGAACCAGUGAUUUGCGUGCUGCCCUCCGCCUUCUUUAUGUGCUUGAGAUGCAUCGUCUUGUUUCUUCUGAUUCAAUCGAUAAGUACAGUAGAAUUGGUGGACUUUCAGCAAGUGGUAUUGAGGAAGUUUUUGAGGGAGGUGAGGUUAUUGCUGAAAGGAUACUGGAGGGGAGCUUAUUGAUGUCAUCUGCUAGAAAAUCAAGGGCACAGACUUCUUUUAUUUUUUCUGAUAGGCUUAAACUUGAGAAGAUGGCAUUAUGGGCAGUGAUUAUCAAUAGUGUUGAGGUGCAACUUAGUGAAGCGUUAGCUAUGGGUGUUGCAGUGUAUGGCCCAAGUUUCUCAUGGUUCAACCAUAGUUGCUUUCCCAGUGCUUCUUACCGGUUUGUACUGGCUCCAAGGAAUGAAGACUAUGCUUCACAGAAAUCAAAAUCCUGUGUAGUCCCUGCUAGCAAAGGAGUUGCAGCUGAUGUGUGGCAUGCUUGGCAAUAUCAAGAAGAUCAUUCUACUCAUGCACUGUGCAAAUAUGGCCCAAGAGUUGUUGUUCGUUGCAUAAAACCAAUUAACAAGGGAGAUGAAGUUUGCAUAACAUACAUUGAUAUUCUCCAGACCAGGGAAGCAAGGCAAUCAGAUUUGUGGUCGAAGUAUAAAUUUAUUUGUUCUUGCAAGCGCUGUAUUGCAUCACCAGAGCCAUACACUGAUCUUAUUUUGAAUUGUGAUGCGAGGGACUUGGAUAAAGCAGAGGAUACUGUUACAACUCCAACAAUUGAGGAUUUGGGUGAUAUACUAGAACAGGCAAUAUCUGAGUAUACGUCAAAUGAUGACCCUAAAGCUUGCUGUGAUAUGAUUGAAAGCAUGCUUUCCAAUAAUUUGGUGAGUGGUUUGAAGCAAGAGGAAAUUUUAGGGAGAAAACAUAUACUACACCCUCUUCACCAUAUAUGUCUUACUGCUUACAUGACACUUGCCUCUGCUUACCGGUUUCGUGCCUUAAGUUUAGAAGCUGUCUGUUUAGAUGGAGAAAAUACUGAUGACUUUUUAAGAAUGGCUAAAGCAGCAGCAGCGUAUUCAUUGGUACUUGCAGGGACUACACACCAUUUGUUCUUAUCUGAAUGUUCUUUUAUGAUUCCCCUGUCUCAUUUUUUGUUAAAUACUGGACAGUCUCUGUUAUAUCUUGUUGAGUCUAUCAAGGGAAAGACGAGGCAAAAUAUAUCUGAGGUUCGGUUCAGCUUUUCUUCAUGUCCAGCAAGUUCUACCAAAAAGGAUUCACCACCAUACCAUGAGUUUAGAUCAACCUGUGAAGCGUUUGGCAAGCAAAUGUUAUCUUUGUCAUUGCAUUGCUGGUCGUUUCUAGUGCAAAGUUUACCCAGCCUGGAAAAGAUAAAGAACCCCAUGGAAUUUAGUAUGCUUGGAACAACAAUAUAUCAGUCUGUCCUAUCUGAGGAAAAUCAUCUCAACCUUUCUGCACAUCAGCCAGUAGGUUUCACAAAGAAACAACCGGAGUGCAUUCUUAGUUUGGCUCUAUGUUGUGUCGCCUAUUGCAAAUAUCUUGCAAUUAUAUGCUAUGGCCCACAACAUUAUCUGGCAGAUCAGGCAAAAUAUCUACUUGAAGAUAUCGAUCUUGCACAAUGAAUUCUCUUUCUUGGCAUAGGUGUGUUGUAAAAUCUUAAGCUCCUAGGAGUUAAUGUUCAGUGUGUGUAUUAUCAAGGCUGUUGAGCUUUUAUUUUCUAUAUGAUUGUAUGCUAAGCUCAUUCUUUGAUUGUAUGCAAGCAAGUUGUACCAUUGAUAUUGUACCUUUCUGACUUUUCUGUUCUGAACUUCUGAUGAAGAAAAGUUAAUAAUCUUCAGUUGCACUUGGUUUCACAUUA